AUGAACGGUUCCAUCAUCUCAUGGCUUCUUCUUGCAAUAUCCACAAUCUCCAUCUUCUUCGACGUUGUUGGAGCUUCAGCUUCAGCCCAGUGUCUCGGCGUUGAUCAGAGAUCGCUCUUGCUUGAGCUGAGAAAAAGCCUCGUCUUCAAUGCCUCUAAGUCUUCCAAGCUAGUACAGUGGGACCGAAGCGCUAGUUCAUGGAGCGGCGUGACGUGCGAGGACAGCCUCGUCGUCGGUCUCGAUUUGAGCAAUGAGUCAAUCUCUGGGGGAAUCAACGGUUCGUCGAGUCUCUUCAAGCUUGAGUUCCUUCGGAGCCUAAACUUGGCUUUCAACGACUUCGACUCUUCAGCAAUUCCGUUCGGCCUCGCGAAUCUCAGCCGCUUGGUACAUCUCAACUUGUCUUAUGCAGGAUUCACCGGGAAAAUUCCAGUGGAUCUAUCACGCCUAACGAAGCUACGUACUCUUGAUCUUUCUGGUCUAUAUUUCAUUGAACUGCCUUUGCUGAAACUGGAGAAGCCCUCUUUACGGUCGCUGAUUGGGAAUUUGGGAGAGUUGAGGGAGCUGUACCUUGAUAAAGUUGAUGUGUCUGCUGAGGGAAGUGAGUGGUGCAACACGUUGUCCUCUUCAGUGCCGAAACUUGAGGUGUUAAGCAUGUCUUUCUGUUCUCUAUCUAAUCCUAUUGACACUUCUCUUAUGAGUCUUGCUAAUUUGUCGGUCAUUCAACUUGAUGGUAACAACUUUUCCACCACAGUUCCUAGUUUCUUACCGAAUUUUUCCAGCUUGAAAACACUGAGCCUGCGUGAAUGUGGCCUGUGGGGAGAAUUUCCUCAAAAAGUUCUCCAGGUACAAACACUUCAAACCCUUGAUCUCUCAUCUAACCAACUUCUUCAGGGUUCUUUGCCCGAUUUUCCAGAGGAUAGUUCUCUUGAGACCCUGGUCCUGAGUAAAACGAAUAUUUCAGGGAGGCUUCCAGAUUCAAUCGGUAAUCUAAGAAAAUUGUCAAGAUUAGAUCUGUCUCGUUGCAAGUUGAGUGGGUCGAUCCCAAGCUCGAUGAAGAACCUGUCGGAGCUGACUUAUUUGGACUUGUCUUGGAAUAAUCUUACUGGUUUAGUUCCGCCAUACGGCGCAUCCAGAAAUCUGACCCAAAUAAUAUUAUCCAAUAAUGCUUUAACGGGUCAGAUCCCCUUUGUUGGCUGGGAAGAUUUUUUGAAUCUUGAAUUUCUGGACCUGCGAAACAAUUCAUUGGAAGGCCACAUUCCCCCAGCUCUAUUUACACUUCCCCGAUUGAAGACAAUAAUGCUUUCACACAAUACAUUUUCUGGUCAGCUUAUCAUAAAUCUGAAUGCCUCUUCAUAUCAACUGGGCUUUCUUGAUUUGGGCAGCAAUCAGUUACAAGGGUCAAUACCAGCAUCCAUAUUCGAAUUACAAGAGCUUAAUUACCUCUCACUUUCUUUCAAUAAUUUCAGUGGCACAAUAAAUAUUGAUGCACUUGAGGGAUUCAGAAAUUUAACUUAUCUUGAUCUAUCAUAUAGUGGCUUGUCCAUUAAUGCUAUGCCAUCUGCUUCUACUAUUACAUCCUCUUUCCCUGAUUUUUCUCAGUUAAAAUUGGCUUCCUGUCAGUUGACGACAUUGCCUCAGUUUUUGGCUAACCAAUCCAAUUUGGUCUACCUCGACCUCUCGCACAAUUAUUUUCGAGGGGAGAUACCACAAUGGAUAUGGACACCAAAAGAUCUUCAAUUUCUUAACCUUUCCUCUAAUUUCUUUGAAGGUUUCAAACACCUCCGAGCAAUCUUACUACAUUCGUCUCGUCAUCGACCUCCAUGCAAACAUGCUUAG